AUAAAACUGAGCACACAUAAUCAGAACUGAGAGAUGGCUGCGGCGGAGCAAGUGAUGCCCAGCGAAGAGCCGCUCAGCCCGUUUUCACGGCUAUUCAGUUUGCCCGGUCAGGACUGCUUCAACAUCAUAACCAUGGGAUGCAAAACAGAGGGCAAUGCAGAUGCCAUUGUUGAAGGUUUAAAGAACACUUUGAUUAACCAUCCACGCUUUUCUAGCAUCCUGGAGACGGGUCUUGGAGAGCAUAAAGGAAAAGCUAAGUGGAUUCCUACAACAGUAAAAGUGGAAGAUCAUGUAAUUGUUCCAGAUAUAGAUCCCAACAUUGAAAAUCCUGAUCAGUUUCUAGAGGACUAUACAACAAACCUGGCACUUUCUCCAAUGGAUAAGUCAAAACCUUUAUGGGAGUUUCACCUACUGCAACUGAAGACAUCAUAUGCUGGAUCUGUAGCUGUGGCUAGGUUUCACCAUUCUUUAGGUGAUGGAAUGUCUCUUAUGUCUCUUUUACUCGCUUGUACUCGAAAAACAUGCGAUCCGGAUGCAUUGCCUACUUUCGUAGUCCCAAAGAAAAGCAAUGCAAGGAACAUUUGCUGGUCCUUAAUUGCUUGGUUUUGGUUCAUAGUAAGGCUAUUGUUCCACACUUGUGUUGAAGUUUUCAAGUCCAUGGUUAUCAUAUGCUUCACUAGAAACAAUACAACACCUCUUAAAGGUAAACCAGGUGCUACAAUUAGCGUUAAUAAGUUUAUUCAUCGAAUUUUUAGUUUGGAUGAUGUGAAAGUUGUGAAGAAUGCUACGAAUAUGACGGUGAAUGAUGUUCUUCUUGGAACCGUGCAAGCUGGUCUUUCACGAUAUUUGAGUCAAAGAUUUGAUUUAAAUAAACCCUCGAAGUCAAGAAAGGUCCUAGAAAAAAACAGUAUCUACGGUGUUGUGUUUUUUAACCUACGGCCAAACAGAAAUAUUGAGGAUUUGGCUAAGAUGAUGGAGAAAGGUACAAAAUCAAGAUGGGGAAACUCAAUCGGCUAUGUUUUGUUCCCUCUAUGGAUAAAGUUAGAAGACGAUACAUUUGAAUACAUCCGACGAGCCAAACUUACUAUGGACCGGAAGAAACUUUCUCUUGAACCUAUAUUUUCUUUUGCAUUACUCAAGUUCACCAUGGAAGUUUUAGGGUUGAAGGCACUCAAGAAUCUGGUAAACAGUAUUUUUAGUCGCACAUCAGUAAUAUUUUCAAAUGUGGUCGGUCCAGAUGAAGAAAUCAGUUUUUUCGACCAUGAGAUAUCUUAUAUUGCAGGAAGUGCAUGUGGUGUACCACAGGCACUGACAAUACAUAUACAAAGCUAUGUAAAGAAGGUGGUCAUCAAUCUAGCUGUUGAUCUCAAUGUGAUCCCAGAUCCUCAUCGCCUUUGUGAUCUCAUCAUCGACUCUCUCAACUCCAUGAAAUCGACUGUUUUGGAAAGAGAAGUGGGUCCUCACAAAUUGGAAGUUUAACUAAUGUUUUACUUUAACAAAAAAAAAGAAAAGAAAAAAACAUUAAAAGAAACUAGAAUUUUCAUGAGAAAAUGUUAUUCUCGUGAAACACGUCUUUGACCGUUCUAUCUUCUUCUUCUUGUCGGGUCAUAAACAAUGUGCUAAUUAAUUAGGUCCUUCUUAUCUCUUGAACUAGGGUCAGAUUUUGAUAAAAAAAAAAAAAAAGAACUAGGGUCAGAUAUCAGACAAUAUAUAUAUCUAUAAUAUCGACUUUUUCCCAUUACACGUUUGGCCACCUCAUUUGAAACAUCCAAAUAAAUUAUACUCCA